AUGUUCAUUGCCCGAUCCGAAUAUGACCGUGGAAUCAACACCUUCUCCCCCGAAGGUCGUCUGUUCCAGGUCGAAUACUCUCUCGAAGCUAUCAAACUAGGAUCCACAGCGAUCGGUGUCGCAACAUCGGAAGGAGUCAUCCUCGGUGUCGAGAAGCGCGUCACAUCCACCUUGCUUGAGGCCUCAUCCGUCGAGAAGAUCGUUGAAAUUGAUCAGCACAUUGGCUGCGCCAUGUCCGGCCUGCAGGCUGAUGCCCGCAACCUUGUUGAGCACGCCCGCAUCGAAUGUCAGAACCACGCUUUCCACUACGCCGAGCCCCUCCGCGUCGAGAGUACCACACAGGCGAUUUGCGAUUUGGCUCUUCGGUUCGGAGAGAGCGGUGAUGAUGAGGAGAGUGUGAUGUCUAGACCUUUUGGUGUUGCGUUGUUAAUUGCCGGUUAUGAUGAGGAUGGUCCCCAGCUAUACCACGCUGAGCCUUCAGGUACAUUCUAUCGGUAUGACGCCAAAGCUAUCGGAUCUGGAAGUGAAGGCGCGCAGGCGGAACUCCAAAAUGAAUACCAUCGGUCUUUGACUCUUGCCGAGGCUGAGACCUUGGUACUGAAGACCCUGAAGCAAGUGAUGGAAGAGAAAUUGGAUUCCAAGAACGUGCAGCUUGCCAGCGUUACUAAGGAGAAGGGCUUCCGUAUCUACAAUGAUGAAGAGAUGGGUGGUGCUGUAGCACAGCUGGGUGGAAACCAAUAG